AGGUAGGCCGGAGUGAGUGCUAAUACGGCGAUUAGAAAGUCACUGAAGGCUAGAGCUGAGAGUUUCGCUUCGCUACUGAGGUUUUGCCAUCGUCUGGUCUCUUUUUCCUCUCUCACCUCGACGGACUUUGGGAUUUCCGAUCGAGCUACCGUUAGAGAGCAAUGGCAGAGCACGCCGAGGAUUCAGGUUCUACAGUUGAGUCCGUGAUGCACAAGAUAGCCGAGAAGCUCCACCAUAAGGACGAUUCAUCGUCGUCUGAUUCGGACAACGAGAAAUCAUCGCCGUCGUCUGUCAAAGCGGCUGUUUAUAGACUCUUCGGCAGACAGAAGCCUGUCCACAAGGUCUUGGGUGGUGGAAAACCCGCUGAUGUUUUCUUGUGGAGGAACAAGAAGAUCUCUGCUAGUGUGCUUGGUGGAGCCACUGCGGCCUGGGUUCUUUUCGAGUUGCUAGAAUACCAUUUCCUCACUUUAGUCUGCCAUUGCCUGAUACUAUCUCUGUCUUUGCUCUUUCUUUGGUCGAAUGCGACCACUUUUAUCAACAAAUCGCAAUCGCCACCACGCAUCCCAGAAGUUUACAUUCCUGAGGACCCAGUUUUGCAGUUUGCCUCUGCAUUAAGAAUCGAGAUUAACAGUGGCUUUUCUGUUCUGCGGGAUAUUGCAUCGGGAAGAGAUCUGAAGAAGUUUCUCGUGGUGAUUGCUGGUCUCUGGGUUCUUUCAAUUGUUGGGAGUUGGUGCAAUUUCUUGACUUUGUUUUACAUAGUUUUUGUUUUGCUUCACACGGUGCCUGUGUUUUAUGAAAAAUAUGAGGACAAGGUUGAUUCAUUCGCAGAGAAGGCAAUGGCAGAGAUCAAGAAACAAUAUGUAGUAUUUGAUGCUAAGGUUUUAAGUAAGAUCCCAAGGGGGCCAUUGAAAGACAAGAAAAGGGCGUGAGGAAGUUGAGGUAUACUAGUCAUCUGUAGGUUCUGACAGACUUUUGGGUAGCUGUGAUUUUUGAAAGCGGUGAUAUACGUUAUUGGAUGGAACCUUAUAUUUUUAUUUUUCUGUCAUCUCAUCUUUUCAGGUUCUCCAGUUGGGAGAGCAGUGUUUUGUAGGAUUUGCUGUUUGUGCUGUUAUCUACAUGUAUGGGGAACAUUCCAUGGAUAUCUUGGCCAUGAGCGUUCUUGUGAUGACAUUGAUAUAUUGCCUUGUAAAUGGGAUUUCUCAUUCUGAUUUAUAUUUGGUUUUAUGAUUUUCUAAAAACAUUAACUUCCUGUUUA